CAAAGGAGGGUUCCCUAUAACUCUCAAGACCAUCUGUGCAGCUGCCGGAUCUUACCCGACGGACUCGGUGCGCACAAUCCUACGGCCUCUGUUGAUGCGUCACGUCAAUAAAAAGUAACGAAGCUUCUUGGCGGCCGAGAGCCGCAUCGAGCUUUUCCACCCGCCACCCAACAGAGAAAAUAAGGGGGAGUCAGGCAGAGAGGAGCGCACCACAAUCUAACACUAGCAAAUUAGACGAUUGAAGCGGCCGAUUAACAGCUCAUUGCAGGUUCACUGGGGCCAAUAACCGGGAUAGAGAAAGAGAAGAGCUUAGCGUCUCACUAACGGCAUCAACCAAUGACUUCCCCGACACCCGUCCCAAUGGGCCGAGCCUGCGGAGAGAGAGCGUUAAUGUCUGCGCAGGCUCGUUUCGGGAGAGAGCGCACGAAGCCCGGAUCAAGGGGAAGAGGCAAGUGAGGAAGUUCCCGUCUUGAGCAACCGGGUUAUGAGGCUGGGAGGUGGGGCUGUUUUUUUCCUACUUAGGUGGGUCGGAGCGCAAAUACUCCAAGUGAGACCUGCGGCGCUUCCUUAUGUUAUAAGAUUCAAAAAUGACAAAUUCCAUAACACCUUCUACUUAUGUACGUUCCCUUGGCUAUGGAAUGAUGAGACAGCUGGCAGAUUUCAUUGAUCCACAAGAAGGAUGGAAGAAAUUAGCUGCUGAUAUAACUGAUUUAUCUGGUGCAAAACGAUACAACCAAAUGCAAAUGAGGCGAUUUGAAGCAUUAAAACAAGUAGGAAAAAGUCCCACCUGUGAAUUACUUUAUGAUUGGGGAACAUUAAAUUGUACAGUUAGAGAUUUGGUGGACCUUCUCAUCAGAAAUCAGUUUUUGGCACCAGCAAGUCUUUUGAUUCCAGAAGCUGUACUCCUACAUAAAAAAGGACCUCUCGUAGAAGGCAAGAAAAUACCACCUGAAUGGUUAUCCCUGGAUCCAAGUGAAGGUCACCUAACAUCAAAUAGUUGUGAUCUGAGUUCAGCGAACAACAGCAGACAACUUAAUGAUACAGGAUUGAAAAGCUUCUUGUUUUAUGAGCUAAAACGUAUCACAAAUAACUUCGAUGAUCAAACUCUGUCAACUGGUGGCAACAAGAUUGGCGAAGGAGGCUUUGGAGUGGUUUACAAAGGAUGCAUCAACGGCCAAACAGUGGCAGUGAAAAAACUUACAGCUUUGGCAGAUAUAAGUAUUGAAGACCUAAAAAAGCAAUUUGAGCAGGAAAUAAAGAUUAUGGGAAAGUGCCAACAUGAGAACUUAGUAGAAUUGCUUGGUUUCUCAAAUGAUUUUAAUCAGCCUUGCUUAGUAUAUGAUUAUAUGCCCAACGGCUCCUUGCUUGAUAGAUUAGCUUGCCUGGACAACUCUCCACCAAUACCAUGGGACACAAGAUGCAACAUUGCGUUUGGGACAUCAAAUGGAAUCGCCUUCUUGCAUGAAAAUAACCACAUCCAUCGAGAUGUUAAAAGUGCAAAUAUCUUACUAACAGAAACAUUUGUACCAAAACUUUCUGAUUUUGGGCUUGCAAGAGCAUCGGUAAGAUUUACACACACUAUUCUAACAGAUAGAAUAGUUGGGACAGCAGCCUAUAUGGCUCCAGAGGCAUUAAGAGGGGAGAUAACUCCUAAAUCGGAUGUCUUCAGUUUUGGCGUGGUAUUACUUGAAAUAAUAACUGGACUUAGUCCUAUGGAUGAAAAUCGGGACCCCCAGUUACUGUUGUCCAUCAAAGAGGAAAUUGAAGAUGAAGAAAAAACUAUUGAAGAUUAUGUUGAUAAAAAAAUCAGCAAUUGGAACAUCACCUCAAUUGAACAUAUGUAUUCAAUUGCUGCCCCAUGUCUGCAUGAGAAGAAGAACCGGAGGCCAGAUAUUGAAAGGGUCAAAGAACAUUUAAAAGAAAUGUUGAUUGAAUAAGUGCCUGAAGGCCAUCCUGAGCUACUGGAAAUGCAACUUCUUGCAAAGUUUGAUGUUUAGUUUCAACACUGACUUCAGUUUGUACCUGGAACACAAAAUUUAAAACAGAUUAAAGAAAGGCAAUUGCCUAAUGCAUAUUUGUGCUUCAUCCAAAGCAUGAGAGAAGAAAUUAGGAUCCUCAAUUAUAGUCAUAAUUUUGAAUGGUAUGUUCUUUCUAUCCGCUUUAUGUUUGAAAGAAUCCUCUUUUUUUAAAAAAAAAGUCACUAAACUGGAUCGCAAAAGAAGAGGGGGGCUUGCUUCUAUUCAAAGAACAUUUGAUCAGAAAUAAAUCUUAUUUAAUGAAAGGAAACACAAAGAGUUUAACAGUUAAGAAAAAAUAUUUCAGGCUGUAGGAAAUUUGACAUUUGCUUUAAAUCUUCUAAAAAGAGUUUGGCUUCCAUACCAAAAUGCAAUACCUCACUAAUCUUGAUUUGUUGAAGUUCUUCUUCAGCUGUUGUCAGAGGAGCAGGGGAUGACUGAAUCAUCAAAUAUUUAUGAUAACCAUUUAAUGAAACAUCAUCCUGAAAAAAGAGAGCCAUCAGUUUUGCAUGACUGGUAAUUUCCAAUUGCAAUAUUUUCUUCUGAAGCAGUUCAGUUCAGAAUCAUAUUGCUUUACAGUUAAUUAAAGAUGCAAUCCUACAGCCCUUACAACUAUGUUUCCAGAUCACCAAAUUCAGAAAUGCUCCAGUCUCAGAGGAGCAAGUAUCUUACAUUCUUUCUCGGAAUACAAAAACAGCUUUACUAAUGUUUAACAUUUAAAAGGCAAUGUGGCAAGGAAGGAAAUAAGGAAAACUCAAAUUGUCCUGAGAUAAAACAAACCAAGAAACAAACAACAAAAUACUCCCCAAACAAAAAUAUUUCAACCACUUUAAGUUUCCCUGCUCCUCCCCAAAAUAUCAAAUUAACACAUGAAAAUACAACUGAUUUCUACUUAGAUUAUCACUUACAAAUAAAUGGCUAUGUUAGCUUCUAUAGAAUGCAUACCUUAUUUGUUCCAAAUACUUCAUCUUUAAUAUGUCCACCUCCAAAUUCUUUCUUUAAAGUUGCCCGAGUAGCUGCAUAUAACAUUUUUUGUCGAACCUGAUUGGUCAUAAAAGGGAUAAAUUUGGAUUUUUAAAAAUUGAAUUAAAUGAAAAUUAAAUGCUAAAACCACUUUUCAUAUAGAUUUACAAUUCUUCCAUCCUUCUAUUCUUACAGAAUUGUUUACUUUUUAAAAUUGUUAUUUAAAUUUUCCUUUUUAUUAUUACAUUAUUAUUAUAUGAUAAAGGUACAAAAUUAUUGCAAAUUAUGAUAAUAGGAAGAAAGACAUAAUAGCAAAAUGUUAACUUGAGCUAGGUGCAAACAUGAACAACUAAAUUACUGAUUUAUCAAAAAGUAUAAUUUAUCAUUUAUAAAACAACAUUAUUGACGUUAUAUUACUCCCAACAAAGGUUUAAAACUUUGGGUACAAUAUCCACUACCUCCUAAAUACAUUAUUCAUUAAAAUAGAUAGGCAAUGUGAUUCAAUAUUCUUUAGCUACUGAUCUUGCUGGAAAUUAUAAUGCAAAAUGUCUGGAACACAACAAUCCCAGAUGGAAAAUUUCAUAUUCUCACACUUGAAACAAGUCUCUGCAAUUCUAUGGAAAAUGGGAGGGAAGGGAGAGAUGCUGCCUGGGAAAUGGUCAGUUA